AUGUCCGAUGCCACCUUUGCCGCCAGCUUCGGCCUCUCGCCGUUAGGGGUUUCCGGGCGUAGCACCAACACGAGCGGCAACGUCGGUCUUGCCGGCUCCGCGCUGCUGCCGACUAUCACCGCGGAGCUGCGCAGCGAAUUCUACCCUUUACUCUCCACCCUCGCCAACAGCGGCUGCGACAUCUCCGCCACCUACAUCAUGGAGCUCUUCUUCACCCUUGUCCGCUUCGAUGCCAUCUUGCACUCCGACGAGCGCCACCUCUUCGUCAGCACCUCGCAGCAGCUCAUCACAAAGCAGCUGAAGCAACUGCAGACGGUCCGCCACAAGGUGAAGCUGCUGGAAGAGAACGCCACCUUUGUGGAGGAGCUCAUUGAGCGGUGUGCCGUACUGGAGGUGCUGUGUGGCAGCCACAAAGCGGAGGAGCUGGACGACGCCGAGGAUGGCGGCGCCGCGACGGCGACUACUGCACCGGACAUGGGCACAGGGGUCGCGGAGGAGGACGCCGAGGGUGGCGAGGUCAGUAACACGGUGAGCAGCACCAACAACAACGAGGACAGCGGCAAUGCAGGUGGUGAGCCGGCAGGGGCGGUGCGGUCAUCACCAUUACAGCAGCAGCAGCAGCGUGUGACGUCCUCGCAUGGCAUGCGGCCGGCACUGCAUAGGCCCCACAGCGGUUCUCUGUCCAACACGGUCCGCAGCACCACCAGCAGCGCACACCGUCGGCGAUGCUUCUCAUUUGACGAGGACUUGGACGAGAUAAUCCACCGUUCCAAUGACGCAUUGGCUGCUCUACAGCAGCAGGAGCAGCAGCAGCAGGAGCAGCGGCAAGAACAGGAACGCAGAGGAGGAGAUGAGAAGAGGGGAACCGGCGGAGACAUCAACACGUUCACUGUGUCCUCGUCGACCUCGCCGUUCCGACAGCGGCACUUGCAGCGUCCGCCGCCGCUGCCGUUGACUCUGAUCGGCGACAUCACUCCGACUGCUACAGCUGCUGGUCUUGCAGGUGGCACACCUCGUACGGCCAGCCAUGAUCAACAGGGCAGCCAGGCCGCAAGCAGUGCCGCACCAACAGCCGAGCCGUUGGUGGAGCGCGGUUCGAGUGAUGAGGCAACGGGUGCGUCACCGUCGGCGGACGACAAGGAAGGCGGCUCAGCGAUAGGAGACAACAGCGCUACGAACAUCAACGCAGGCGUCGCCCCGGCGGUGUUCGCCGGCGUCCAGCACGCGCUGCAAAAUCACUUCCGUCAAAACGUGAAGAAGACGCUUACCGGGACAAACUGGACUGCGCCAACAAGCGCAACAGAGACGGCACCGUCACGCGACCCCGGCGCAAGUGAGUGCUCCACCUCGCCCCCGCUGGCCGACGUGAAUGUGUCGGACUCGGACAAGGAGAAGACCUCGGUGGCUACCGCACCACCGCAGCAGCAGCCGUCCUCCUCGGCGUGUCCUCCAUGUCGCCCUUUCUCCGCCUCGCAACUCAGCAAUACAUCUAACAAUAAAAACAAUAGUCUCUACCCUGGCCAAAUCAACGCCGCUUCCGUCAAUCAAGUUAAUGAUUUUUCUGUUGACGCCGGUGGUGGCGGCGGCGGUGGCGACCCCUACGCAUCACUGUAUUUCUCGACGAACCUCGACCCGGUGGAUACGGCACGAGUGUGGGAUCGCAUGUUCUGGGGCUUUCUGGAUGGCCGCACCGCCACCGCGGAUCUCGUCAUCUUGCUCAGCCUACUGAACAACGCCAACGCGGCACUGGCAGCACUGCAGGUGAGCGAAAUGGGCGGCAAGCACGCCGGCAGCGAGGCGGCCCCCGCCGCCAUCAGCAGCACCAACACCGCCAAAGCUGCCACGAAGCCGGUUGGGCACGGCAUCGGCAGCAGCAACCGCCUCGCUGGUUCGAGUAUGGAUGCCGUUGUGAAGUCACCUACGGCACCGGUGAUCCCCACACCGGAUUGCGGCGCACUGCCACUGAUGGAGGCAUUGAAGCGCACCGGGUCGUACGCGGAGCUCCUCCCGCCGCCAGUGUUAGGCAAUAUGAGCUUUGCUUCUGCGGUGGCGGCAGCGGCGGCGGCGGGCGUGUCCUUGCCGGCAAUUGCCGGUACUGCUGCUGGUGGUGCUGGCACGACAGAAGACAGCGCCUUCCCCCGCAUCCGCCGCGACCGCGCAGGCGAGCUGACGGAGGACGAGGAGCAGGCGCGGGCGGUCUCUUGCACGACCGAUGCCCCCGCCUUCUUCCCGGGCAACAGCGCCGUGGUGAACAUGCGUGGUGGUGAGGGCAGUAACCUGACGUACACCACCUCAAACCUUGACAACGCCGCACUACCGCCGCCACCACCACAGCAAACGCCACGGCAGUGGCUCAAUUUGGAGGAUUACGCGAGAGCAGAGGAGGCACGUCUGCACCGCGAUUUCUGGGCCCACAUCCCCGCCGUCCUCGUCACGCUGAGCGAGGGCCUGAUGUACGGCGACAGCCAUCGUGGAAGCAGCGCGCACGCACAACAGCAAAAAGAUGAGAAAGCCGGCAGCGAUCCCAGCAGCAGCGGUGCUCGUCGAGGGCGACAACGGAGUACGUCGACUGCCACGGCAGCGGCGGUAGCGGCGGAGGCAGGCGGUGAGGUGGCCGGCGCGCCGGCCAACGCGAGCUUCCUCGUUGACACUGCCGACCAGCGCGGCGUCCACAACGGUGCGGAGGACAGAGAACCGUGGGGGGACGUCACGCCGCCGCACGCUGAAGUCGGCGAUGACACCGGAAAAGAGGAAGAUGAGGAACGAGAGGAGGCGGCGGCAGAGUCGGAAGUCUUUGUGCCGCUGCACCUCCCCAGCGAGGAGGCCCUGCAACUAUUGCCCACCUUCUCCCCACUGCUGCGAAACUACACCGGUGCGGUGGGGAAGCUUUUUCAUGUCGCGCCGGAAUACGCGCGGUCGACGCAGGCGCAGCACGCACGCGCGUUGGCCAACGCAGCCGCACAACAGCAGCAACGACACCAAGUGCAGCAGCAGUUGGACACACCAGGUCUAAUUGAUAUCAACACAGUAAGUGGGUUUACAUCAGAGAGCGAGUUAGGCGAGGUCAGCGUGGCCGUCUCCACCGCAACGGGAAGCAUGGUACCGGAGAGUGGAGGGGACGGCACCGCGCGGAAGCUGACCCGCGCGGCGACCCAUCGCUCCUCUGUCACCAACCUACCGGAGCUGCACGAGCGAGCGCACCGCACCUACUCGACCAGUGGAGAUCGUCGCGGCGCACCGCCGCCUCCAGUGUCGGGUAGAAAUCGCAGUGGUGGUGGCGAUGCAAGCAAGUCCUCGCAGAUCAACGCCCUCCCUACUGCCACCGCCGCAUCAACAGCAGCUACCUCUCCGGAACGGACAGACUUGGGCCUGCUGGGCGAGGGCAGCUGCACCGAGCUCCGCCCCGUCGACGUCGUCCUGUACGCCCUCGUCACGGCCGUGUAUGUGCAGUGUGCGAUGCCGAUAAGAUAUCAGCAGCGCCGGCAGAUGAUGCACGGAGGUGCGAAGGAUGGAGCCGGCACAGGCGGUCGCAGCACGGCGGUCGAGCACAGUCUGGCGCUGGAGGAGAGGGCGAGCCCAUCCGAAGGCGGCCGCAGCCCCGCCGGCAGCUUCUCCCCCCAGCCGGGUCUUGGGUGGCCGGGCGGGUCGGCCGUCACGCCAUCGGGCAUGAGUUUCGCGGGUGACGGCACGGUCGCCGCCGAGGACGCGCGGGCGCAGAACUGGAGUCUCGCCAACGGCAGCUUCAGCUAUGCCGCCGCCGCUGGCAACGUUGGUGGCUAUCCAGGCGGGUGGUGGAACGGCACCGAUCGCGGCCACCUCCCGUCGAGCUUUAGCUUUGGCCGCGCACCGCACAUCCUCCGCCCGUCCCAGCAGCAGCAGCUUUCUAGCCUGCUCCGCGGAGGCAGGUACGACAACGCCUCCUUUGCAACACUGCAGCAGCAGCAGCAAUACCUGCCAAACUUCUCUUUUAACCUCAGCGGCUCGCCGACGGAGGCGGCGCUCGCGUUCCUGCGCGGUGCGCACGACGACAGGGCCAACGGUGGGAACGGCGCGCGCGUGAAAAACGGAGAGGACGGAGAUGGCGCUACCACUCGUGGCGCCCCUCUUUCCAUGAGCUUCUCCACACAGGACGUGCUUGCGUGUGCGAACGAGUUCUCUUGGGUGGCGCUGCCAAACAUCAUGAAGGUAGAGCUGCAAACGCUGCAGGCCCAGCUGCAGGCCACCCGUAAAGCGGUCCAACGCAUUGAAGCGCAGGUGCGCGGCGAGCUGGCCCUCCUCCUCUUUCGGGUCUUGUCCAUGGUGCUGGACUGGCUGAUGCCGGCCGUGUACGUGGCUGACCCCCGCAUCUGGCUAUUCUACCGAAAGUGGUGCUGUGACUUGUACCGCGUUCUCUGCACCGACCUUGCCUUGCUGGACGAGUUCCGCAAACUGCUGAAUCAGAGCGGUGUGGCGGUUAUCGCGGCGAGUCCAGGCGUGGACACGGAGGCGAAUUACCCCCGCGGCGGCAGGCGAGAGGCGGGCGGUGCCUCCGCGAAGUCCGCCACUGCCACGCCAACCUACAAGCCCGCACGAUCGGAGGGCAACAGCCGUACACCACCGCGGCCUGCACCGCAGCCGAGCUCGCUGGGAUCGUCAUCCACUGGUGCUCCGACAGUGACGUUGGGUGCAGGCGAGGGCCGUCGCACCGCACGAACUGGUAGCUCACCGGCUACGGAAGGCAAUGAGAGAGGAAGGACAGCUGCUGCCUCACCUUUAUCGCAGGAGGCGCCGCCACGCGGCAGCGGCGGCGGCAGCGCGGACGAAGCAGCACACGAAAAUGGUAGUAGGCGCAGCAGCAGCAACGACAACAACGAGGAUCCGCAUCACCGCAACGCCGCAGAAAGCGAUGAGGCGGACCUCUACAGUUUUAUUCUACCCGGGUCAAGCCUUGUCGGGUCUGUUUUGUUUACCACUCCGCGAGUCCAACCAGGCGUCUCUAACCUCCUCGGACAGGGCGAAGCCGACCGCAGAGGGGAAGGGCUGGCGGACACGGCCUCCCUCCGUGCCGCCCAGGCGCUGCUGAGUGAUGAGGAUAAAGUAGUCCCCCUGCCACGACCCUUUCUGCUCACCAAGCUGGUGGCCGCUACGUUGCGUGGCAUCGACGCCGACGUUGCGGAGUCGCUGCUGUGGGUUGUGGGAGAGGCCACAGCGGCCUCACACGGCUCAGCGGAGGACGGGGAGAAGGCGGAUGUGGUGUGGCAACGUGCGACCGUCGAUGGCAUCGAUGGCUUCGCCGGCAGCCCUACUACGGUCCAACGCCUCGACGGCGUUCCCAGCAGCAGCCACGGGGCUGCGGCGGACAACGUGCACAGUACCGCGCAGUGGAAGUCGCAGCGGCCGCGGCACGGCUCGCGCACCGCCUCUGGCCACCGUAUGCGCACAUCACAGCAGGGUAGCACCAACAACAACAGCAGCAAUCGUAACCAAAACGAUAGCGCCGACGCGAACGUGCUCGCCAUCAGCAGCCGCAGAAAUGUAAGUGCGACGGUGCGUGGCAACUCCUCUGCGGUGUCGGGUAGGGCGGGCAGCCCACACUUCAGUGGAGACUUCGUCGAUGACGACGAUGAUGAUGAUGAUAGCGACAGUGAUGACUUGCCGGGACUCAACCGGCGAUUCAGCAGGCCACGGUGGUACAACGACGAGGCGAGUGGACGGACUCGCCGACGGGGCGCUCGACUGCCGCCAGCGCCGGUGCAAAGCCCCGUGGUGGCCGGCCCUGGCGGUAGUAGCGGGGCAGAUGGAAGCAUGCCCGCCAUCGGCGCUGUCGCUGGAUUCCCCAUCAUGCCCCUCCACGCGUCGUACGCCGCGGCCGACCUGUCCAUGAGCAACUCACCGCAGCUGCCGUACUCGAGUUUGUCACAGUCGCUGCCUUCGCCCUCGCAGGUCGUCGCCGUAGCCGAGGGCCCGAUGUUGGUCCAUCACCACCGCUUCCGCUACCCGUCUGUCAGCGGCUACGCUGAUGUCGCCCAGCUCUACCUCAGCACCCUGGAAGACGCCGAACUGCUUCUGUCGCCCCACGAUCCCAUCUACGCCUCUCUCAUCCUCAGUACAGCCGACCUACACGUACACGACCUGCACGACCGAGAGACGGCGGCGACGCUGGUGAACUCCUACCUGGCGGACGUGGGAGAGGAGCAGAUCCAGGGCCCGGUGUGGGACAUCCUGUCGACGACUCUGAAGCCGAUAGAUGGCACCGGCAGCUCCUCGGCGGCGGCGGGCGGUGGGGGCUCCGCGAAUGCCACGACAUCGUCGGCCGCGGCGUCGCCGGUGCCGGGGCGUGGGUUCUCUGUGACGCGGGUGCGGCAGGGCAACACCGGGACCGGGUCAGGGUGGAGCCUCCCCCCGACCAAUAACGCAUCUGCGCCUUCAGCGGCGGCAAUGAACCCGCCGGUGCCUCAGCAGCCGUACGUGCCGAUGGUCAUCGCGUCAUGGAACAAUGAGCGGGAGAAAGACGAGUUUCUUGGCACGUUGCGCGUCUUGCGGCAGAUCCAGGUGUUUUUGACUCAGUGGUAA